AUGACAAGGAUGACAGCAAACAAUUUGACUACUUGUUUCUUUUUUGGAGAUGGAACGGCUGAAGAUAUCUGCAUUACGAAGAAAAAAAAAAAAUCAACUUUGACUGCUUUCCUCUUCUUUUAUUCACCUUCUUUUCACUUUCAACAGAAAUCAGGUUGUCCUUACAAUGGAGCCAGACCUAUGCGCAACAACACACUUUCCAAUAGAAACGUCAGACCAGCAACAACCACUCGUUCCAGCAACAACACUUUAACCGUCGCAAAUCUGCAUUUUAACGUGACUGAAAAGGACCUUUAUGAUCUUUUUGGUCAAAUUGGUCCUUUGAAACGUGCCUUCCUCCAUAUAGCCCCCAACGGUAAAUCUUCUGGUGUUGCUGAUGUCGUGUUUGUUCAUGGUAAAGAUGCUGAAAGAGCUCGUAAUACAUACAAUAACGUGGAAUUAGAUGGUCGACCCAUGCGUAUUACAUUCGCCAACGUCGUUGCCUCUGCUCCCGUUAGUCUCAACAACAACAACAACAACAACAACACUGGUAGACGUACAAAUCUUCGUGGUGGUAAUACUCGUGGUCGUGGUGGUCCUCGUAGAAGAGAUAACCGUCCCAAGCCCAGUGAAGAUCAGUUAGAUGCUGAUAUGGAUAGUUACAUGAACAAUAAUAAAAAACUCAUUGAGGAAUUCCAAAAGAAGAUCUCUCCAGAGUACCUGAACAAUGAAAAGUUUAAACCUGUCCCCAAUCCGCUCUUCCACCUUUCACCUCUUACUUCACCCACGUCUUCUACCGACAGUAUCUCACUUGGCAAAUCAGAGAAUUCCGUUGAAGCCGGAAAUAAGCCGACGCCUGCCCAAUUACAAGGCUUUGCAGCUGAGAAAUAUGUGCCUAGUCCUGGCUAUGCUCAUUUAGAUCCAUCAAAAUCAGCCAAUGCCCAUUCAGCCUUUGAACAUCUGCAACGGGUGAUUGAAGCAUCUACCCCACUCAAACACCAGCCAAUGCCAAGGACAAGGCCUCACGUACAACAACAAACUCUGAAAGCAUCGUCUGAACCACCUAGAAAUCAAUCUGUUACUAUGCCUCAUGCUACCUCUAACAAACCUUUCGAAAUAGUAAUACCACAACAACAACAACAACAACAACAAAAACUUCAAACUCAACAACAGCAACAGAUUCAUCCUCCACCACAAAAGCAUUCAACUCAACAACAACAACAACAACAACAACAACGCCCACGAGAUGUAUCUGCCAAACAGAAACCAUCAGCACGUCCAGAUCGCUUAAUAGAUGGCGCUCCAGUAUUGGAGUUUUGUAGAGCGUUAUGGAGUUACAAUGCACAGAUUCCUUCUGAACUCACCUUUAAAGCAAACGAUACUUUGGCAAUCAUCAAUAAGCAACCGGAUGGCUGGUGGUAUGCUGAACUUGUGGAUCCUUCGAAUACAGUCAAAAAGAGACGCGGUCUUGUUCCAGGCAACUACAUGACACCGGUUAAAUAGGGCCUCCCAUUUCCUCGUCUUUUUUUAUACAUUACACAUAUGUUUAUCCGAUUAUUUAUAAGUCAGUUCUCGCGCGUUCUUGACUUGAUCCAUUUCCACAUCUUUACUACGCCUUCCUAAUGCUUUACUUUUUUG